AUGGUGCGUGCCAGCCUGAGAGUCGCCCUCGUGCUGGCAACACUGGGGUUGGCUGCCGCGGACACUCUACCUCGACUCUUCCCCUCACGAGUAUCCUUUGUCCCUCCCUCCUCCUCUUCAUCCUCUUCCGCUCAUCGCUCCUUCAAGCCCCAUCACCAUCACCACCACCACCAGCCUCACCAUCACUAUCAUCACCACUCCUUCCAGUCCCGCCAUUCCUCUCCCUUUCACUCCUACGCAUCCUAUCAACAUCCCUCCUCGAAGCAUUACCCUUCCUCUCCAAAGUCAUACCCUUCCUCUUCCUCCUCUUACUCCUCCUCCUCCUCCCAGCAGUCUUCCUCUUACCAAGCGAAUUCGAAGUAUCAACCCUCCUCUUAUGUCAACCAGCUACCCUCUUCCUCCUCCUCCUCUUCUUCUUCCUCCUCCUCCUCAGCAUCCUCUGUCUCAAAAUCCAAACCAUCGUCUUAUGUUAUGAGUCCCAACUACCCGGCUAAUCCCAACCAACUAUCCCCGCCGUCAUCUUACACCUCCUCCUCCUCCUCCUCCUCCUCGUCCCCAACCCACCACACGCCACAGCCAGCACCUUUGAUGAUGAAGACAGCAAGGUUCGUGGUCGUUUCGGAGGGGAUGUACGACCACGCUCACCACAUUCACGCUCACGAGAGGCUGAAGGAGGAGGCCGAGCAGGUUCCGCGUCCUUACUUCGCGGAGGGCAACGUGACUUCGACCCGGGUGUUCUUGGGCAAUACCGUGACCCUGGACUGCACGGUGCGGGAGAUCACGAAUGAGUCGGUGUCAUGGAUGCGGAGCCGAGAUGACGUGCUUGAGCUAAUUACCUGGGACAGCAACACCUACGCCAAGGACGACAGGUAUUCCCUCGUGACGGAGCGAGGCGACAGGUGGCACCGCUGGCAGCUGGUCAUCCGCCACACGAGGGCCGAUGACCAGGGCCAGUACAGGUGCCAGGUGGCGACCCAACCCCCGCUGGUGCUCGUCGUGACCCUCAACGUGACAGUCCCAGUGGCGCGGGUUGUGGACGAGCGAGGGACCAAGGUGCAGGAGAAAUACUACAACAGCGGAAGCAUGAUUGAACUCAAAUGCAUCGUGGAGCAGGUUCCCUUCCCCCACGGCCCCGUCACCUGGCGUAGGGGAGCCACCGUGCUCACCUACAACACCUCCAGGGGCGGCAUCAGCGUGAAGGGCAACGAGGCCGGUGGGUACAUAAGAAGUCGUCUGUACGUGGCCGACGCGACACCACACGACUCUGGCUUCUACUCCUGCUGGUACAAGAACACCACCAGCGACACCGUCACCGUCCACGUCAUAGCAGGAGAGAACUCGGCCGCCAUGCAACACGACGGUCUGCCAGGAUCCGGAGGGACUGUCAGUGGGGGCCCCGCACGCCUCCACCCCUCCCUGGCCCUCCCCUCCUUCCUCCUCCUCGUCACCAUGGCUACGUGGGUGCUUGCUUCCUCCUCCUCCUCUUCAGCCUACUCCACGUCUUCCUCUGCCUCCUCCUCCGCCUCAUUUCUCCCUACAUCCUUUGCCAUAGAGACAAACACAGUCAUUAGUAACGUGUAUGAGGAACAGACCAGGGCGCUGUGCCACCAAGGGACAAAGAAUGGAAACGCCUCGAGAUAGUCACUACGGAUGGUGUUUGAUCUCUGACGGAGGCGCUGAAGGAGGUUGAAAGUCCUCCUAAUCCUAUUCCUCUUCUUUAUCCUACCACUCCUACUUCUAUUUUCUUUAUCUUCCUGCUGUGUAAAGUUACCUCGUGCCACAAAAACGUAGAGAGUAGGUGUUUCGGGAGAUAUAUAGAGAUAAGUAUAUUACAGGAUAACAUAUACAUCUAUUUUUACGUCAGUUUUUCAUUAUUUUUUUCUGAUUUUCUUCUUCCCUUCCGUGUGAUCAUCGUUAUAGGCUACGCAUUCACUAUGAGGAGCUUUAAUGUUUAUGGUGUGUGUGUGUGUGUGUGUGUGUGUGUGUGUGUGUGUGUGUGUGUAUAUAGAUGUAUGUACGAGUGAGGUAUGUAUUUAUGUAUGCGAGUAAAGUAUGUAUGAAUUUUCUGUCUAAAAAGAUACCUAAAUAUGCGAUGUUAUAUAAUAAAUGUUUCAAAACGGAUAGAUUAUUAUCAUUAUCAUUAUCUUUGUUAUUAUUUCAACCAUUAUCGCUACGCCCCUCACUGCCCGUAUUUUGGCUAAAGUGGCCUAGUCUCGGUGGUCUGUGAGCCGCCAAUAAAUGUGUGAGAGUUUGUUUCUUAACCCAACAAAUACAAAGGAGAAUAUUUAUUUCCACUCAUUUUGCAAGCUUCACAGCCUUCACAUCAUACCCCUACAAAACCCGAAGAGAGUAUUGGAUUCCACUCAUUUUGCAAGCUUCACAGCCUUCACAUCAUGACCCUACAGAUGCUGAGGAGAGUAUUGGAUUCCACUAAUUUUGCAAGCUUCACAGCCUUCACAUCAUGACCCUACAGAUGCUGAGGAGAGUAUUGGAUUCCACUAAUUUUGCAAGCUUCACAGCCUUCACAUCCUCACCCAACAAAUGCUAAAGAGAGCAUUUAUUUCCACUCAUUUUGCAAACCUCACAGCCUUCACAUCCUAACCAUACAAAUGCUGAGGAGAGUAUUAAAGUCCACUCAUUCUGCAAGCUUCACAUUCUUCACAUCCUAACCCUGCAAAUGUCGAGGAGAGUAUUGGAUUCCGCCCAUUUUGCAAGCUUCACAUUCUUCAUAAGUAGUUUCCGAAUAUGCUGAAAAAUACCGACUAUCAUUAAUGUGUAUCAGACUUCAUAGGUUACAUUAGAUGAGUUCCAAUGUUAUAUGAAUUAGCUCGUACCCGCGGAGAAGCUCGCAGAAAUAAAUUUAACCUGUAUACUUUUUUUACAUUAGAUAAACUUUAUAUUAACCUGCAUUUCGCCCUGCAGCAGAGGUCAUUGGUUGGGACUUCUUCACUUUAAACAGUAUCUCUUCAAAUAGUUUCGUUCCUGACAUAAGAUAGAAAAUGAGACUUGUAUGGUUAACUAUUUGAGAAAUGGAACGUGUUGUAAGUAAAAUAAUAUUACGUACAGUACCUCAUGGACUCACCUGAAUAUUAAACACACACACACACACACACACACACACACACACGAAGGGAAAAAAAGAAAACAUCCAUCCGGCUACUCUUUCACAACAUUUUUAUAGUAAACAUUAUAUAAAUUAACACUACAAAUACAGUUCAUCAUUCAGGUGCACGAAAGAGGUCAUAGAACGUUAGCUAGAGCACUUAAACGGAAUUUGAACCUUUGUUAAUAACCAGGAACAGAAUCAGUGUGGGAAAACCUGAAUUAAAACUGUAUAGACAAUGAUCGAUACUCUAAGAAACUUCAAACUCUCGUAUCAAGUAUUUCAAAAGGCCAAAAAAUAGAUAAAUUGGGUUCCAGUGACUGUUUCUUUAGGUUCACGGUACAGAGGAAUGAUCAGGCGAGCAAGAGGGUCAUAAAACUACCUCUGAAAAUGCCCCAAACUCCUACGAAAGCCAAGUUGGAAGGAGAUCAGUCGAGUUUCAGUGAGUUUCUUUAGGUUCACGGUACAGAGGAAUGAUCAGGCGAGCAAGAGGGUUAUAAAACUACCUCUGGAAAUGCCCCAGACUCCUUCGAAAGCCAGAUCAAACGGAGAUCAGUGGGGUUCCAAUGAGCGUUUCUUUAGGUUCACGGUACAGAAGAAUGAUCAAACUACCAAAAGGGUCAUAAAACUCCCUCUGGAAAUGUCCCACGCCUACGAAAGCCUUGCCAAAUGCGUGACUUUGUGCUCGGAAAUGUUUAAAAAUAUAUGACCCUCUAACUCACCCUAAAAAAAUGAAGAAAUGGAAAAGAUUAGAGAGUUGUACCCCUAAUUAUUACAAGCUUUUUUAUUCUACUUAUAUUUACAUGUCUCUCCUUGUCAAUCAGAAAGUUGUCAAGCCUAAAACAAACGAAACUUCAUCAGUGGGUAGGUAAAUAGUCUUAGCAGAAACCUACACUAACUUAAAACACUAAAGAACAAGAAGUGAUCGGGUAUUACACACAAAUGGUUACAUCUAAAUCAGGCUGCCCCUUAAAUCAAAGUAUUACACUACCUAGGCCUGUGUCGCGGCAACUCACGGCACAAACAAACAAGGAAGGAAUGGCUUGAAAAACUCCCUCGUUUUAUUAUAUCUGAUGCAGGAUAAGAACUACGCAUGUCUUGCUGCUUUGACUCAACAGGACCAUGAUUUUUUUUUUUUGUAUAAGCUUUCCGACUUUUCUCAGCUAAACGAAGUCUGGGAAGAAACUAUAAACAGGUUCCAGUAACGAUUACCUUGGAAAAUGUAUUAGUAUCUCGUUUCAGCCUUUGCCAACAGCCUAAAGGAGUACCCCCCCCCCCCACACACACACACAAACAUCUUACUUUUUCUAAUCGUCUUUGAUCCCCGCGAUGGAUGGAAACGACUGCCACUGAUCACACGAACCACUUCAAUUCGUUUUAUUCUGGCCUAAAAGACAAAAUUGACCUCAAAUAUAAACUCGAACAUCCCAAUCUCUUUCAUUUUAGGUGAAUGGACACCGCCAGCUCCCGGAAAUCACUGAGGAUAUAAAGAUUCAAGAUAUUUAGCACUCAUUCCCAGUGGCAUUAAAGAGCCCUUCAAGGAAGCAUCGCCAGGCUCAACAAGUGGUGUCUUGACGCUAACUCGUGACCCCGCGAGGCACACUUAUCCUGCGAGGCGUCAUGUUUCACCUUCUCGUGGUCGCUAAGUGUUGGUGUCUCGCAGCCACGCACACGGCGACACACGGGAACAUAACGUGCGGAAAAUAACGAACAGAAAAAUCAUUACGCUCCAAACCGAUGCAAAAAGUCAUCGCUCUUCCACGAAAACCAGAGAGAGGUAAAACGCUGCAUUUUCCAUCCUGCUAAUUUGAUAUUUUUACCCGUGGAAAAUGCUCGCUAAUAGAUCAAAGGUGGACGUAUUCUUACACCCUUACAUCCUGGUCUGGCACUGACAACAACUAUACAGACAUACGGGUGAAACAACUAUGUUAAUGCGAUGCCUCGGGAACAUAAAUCAUACCCAUAAACCCUUCUGCCCUGUCACUACCUGCGGCACUCUUCAGCAGGUUAAUCAGAGGGCAGGCACACACACACACACACACACCUGAACACAGUCUACCUAUCAUGACCACCACUUAACGUUUCUGUGGCUAGUGCUGCUGAUCCCCUUCCUUCUUGUUUGUGAGACGUUGCCGCUGACGUCAUACGAUCCUUUGUAGUCUCGUACGAAAAGAGAUCAAGUCAUGUACAGAUACUAUACGUAAUCAAGCAAUACUGAUAAAAAUAUGAUGCAACUUAAGCUAUAAAAAUAGGAAACUUGUGUUAUGAAUAUAUAAAAAUGGCUUACAACUAAUUAUACAUGCAGGUUAAAGUACGUACAACUAGGGAAUAAUCUAAAAAUAUAUUGAAACAUAGAGGAGGAGGAAGAACAGGAGUAGGAGAACACUGAACAGAAAACAAAUAUGAUGUCCCUCUCUUAAAAAUACCACGAACCGCAGAAGAGGGAAAAAACACAAGAACUAAGUGACUUCAAGAAAAAAAAUAAUAA